AUGGAGAUAGUGGCAUCCGCCGGCGGGCGGCGGGUGACGCCACGCAUGGUUGCCGACAUUUCGGAGGGGGCGACGGCGGAGAACUUGCAGUUCCUGUUGCGAGUUCUGGAGUUUCUGGCAGCUGCCGAAGUCGUGGGAGGGAAGCAUGUUGAGAUGAUGAUGAAUGCUGUCACGGGCUGCAAGCUCGACGCCCCGUCAGGCUUGGCAAACACCGCGUUCAACAGCGGCGACUAUUACCAUGCGCACAGCGGCAGCUGA